AUGUCGAAAGUGUCAAAGAAAGGCGCUCCUGGCACCGUCAAGUCCUCCAAGCCAGAUGUCCUGUCGAAGGUCAAGGGUUCCUCGGUGACGAAACCUGCUCAGAGCACCAAAGCGAAGAGCAAGGAAGUUGCCAAGGAGGUUGCCUCCAAGACCCAGAAGAAGGAUAAGAAGAGCAAGAAAGUUCCUGUGAAGGAGCCCACACCCGAACCAGAGUCCGAGUCCGAGGAAGAAGAAAGUGAGGAGUCCGGAAGCUCUUCUGACGAAGAUAGCGACGCUGAGGUCAAGACAAACGGAGCCAACGGUGUCAAAGUUGCCGCCACAGACGAUUCUAGCGACGAGUCCGACACCGACUCUUCUUCCUCUGAAGACGAAUCUCCCAAAGUGAUCGCUUCUGCCCCAAAAGGCAAAGCCGCGGUUGCUACAUCGGAUAGUGAGGACGAGGAAAGUGAUGCAUCCGGCAGUGAUGAGGAUUCCGAGGACGAGAAGCCUGUUGUCAACGGAGCUGCCAAGAUUGCCGCUGAGGACGAUGAUGAGUCUGGUAGUUCCGACGAGUCUGACAGCGACGAAGACGCCCCUGCAAAAACGAAAACCGCUGUCGGAGCUGAGGCAAGCAGUGAUGAGGACGCCGACUCUGACGAAGACAGCGACGCGUCUUCCGAUUCUGAGGAGGCCGAAGAGGCCGAAGUGAAGCCAACCAAGCGCAAGGCUGAAGACGCUGAUGAACCAAUGUCCAAGAAGACUCGAGUCGACGCUGAGGAAAAGGAGGCGAGCGCGAACCUCUUUGUCGGAAACCUCUCCUGGAACGUCGACGAGGAAUGGCUCAAGUCCGAGUUCGAAGAGUUUGGUGAGAUCGCUGGUGUGCGCUUGAUCACCAACCGCGACGACGGCCGUUCCAAAGGUUAUGGCUACGUCGAGUUCAUCAAUGCUGCCGAUGCUACUAAGGCCUACGAUGCAAAGAAGGGUACCGACCUAGACGGUCGCCCUCUCAACAUCGACUAUGCCAACGCGAAGAAGGAUGCAAGAGAGAAGCAACAGGCUCGUGGCCAGCGGUUUGGCGACCAGCUCAGUGAGCCAUCCGACACAUUGUUUCUCGGAAAUCUGUCCUUCGAGGCCACCGAGGACGAUGUGUACAACCUGUUCUCUCCGUUCGGCACUGCCGCCGGUGUCCGCAUUCCCACGAACCCUGAAGAUGGCAGCGUCAAGGGAUUCGGCUAUGUUACAUUCGCAUCUGUCGACGAAGCCAAAGCUGCAUUGGAGGGUGCUCAGGGUUCUUUCAUCAAGAAUCGUCCGGUCCGAAUUGAUUACGCUUCGUCCCGCCGGCAAAAUGGUGGCGACUCUCCCGCCCGCGGUGGCUUCGGCGGUCGUGGCGGCCGUGGAGGAUUUGGUGGACGAGGUGGCCGUGGAGGUGGCCGUGGUGACUUUGGAGGCCGCGGUGGUAGAGGCGGCGGUCGUGGUCGUGGAGCUCCUCGUGGUGGUCGAGGUGGCACCACCAACCGUGGCGGCUUUGGAGACUUCUCCGGCACUAAGGUCACCUUCUAA